AUGGCUCACCUAGCACAUGACCAAAUGGCUCACCUAGCACCUAACCAAACGGCUUACCUAGCACAUAACCAAACGUCAAACCAAGCACCUAACCUAACUGCUUACCUAACAUGUAACCUACCACCUAACCUACUCGAUCCUCUGAUUAGCCCCUUGCUUGCCGCCUUGGCGGCAGUGAUUUGUGAUCACAUUGUUGCAAUUAACACCGCAAAUGACACUCUCCUUCAUCAUGUUACCUCCUUGAAUUCUUGGAUCACCGACGCUGAGAAAAUCCGUGCUGCGGCGGAGAAAAAGGCUAAGGAAGCCUACGACAAGUUGAAGGUUAAUGAGACUCUGGAUCUGAAUGUAAAGAAGAUUGUAGAUGCUAAUAAGGCAAUUAAAGAAGUUAAUAAGAGCCUUGAAAACCAUCUUAGUAGUUUGGGAGCGUGGAAGCAGCAGGCUGGGACAGUGCUUGGCGGGGCGAUUCAAAAGGCGAAGGAAGUUCAUGAUCAUCUUGUAGAUAGUGACAUAAAGAAGCCGCUUGGUGAGAAAAUUAAGAACAUUGAAGAUAAUAACAGCUUAAUUAUACAGGCAAAUACACAGCUUGGCACCGAAGUUACGGCCUUAGGUAAGUGGAGGGCUGCGGCCAAGGAUGUUAUUACCAAGGCGGAGGGGAAGUGUGACGAGAUCAUGCAGAGAGUUCAUAAGGAUAACCCGCAAAAAACAGAAAUUCAUCAGAAUGCUAACAAGUUGAAAGAAAAGGCUGAGAGCCUUUUGAACGCUUACAAGGAGACGUUUACUAAGGUGAGCGCUUUGGAUGGUCAAGUUAGAGGGGCCGUUGAAGAUUUGGAAAAGGGCAUGAAAGAUGAUUUGGUGAGGCUGCAGAGAGAGAUUGUGAAGAAUAUGAAAGAACAUGUUGGUGGGAUGCUUGGUGAAAUAAAGACGCAAGUGGGAGAGAUUAAGGGGGAGAAAGGGACAAAGGGGAAGGAUGAUAAAUGGACGAAUGGCAGCGGUAUUGAAGCUGUUGCAAACGCGUUGAUUAGCAGCUACGCGAAUGCAUUCAGCGAGGCGUGGAGCUUUAAAAGGAUAGUAGGCGGAUGGGCAGAAGGAAUUUUGGGAAAUAACAAGCCACACGAUAAAAAGGAAAUUAAACCGUGGCUUGGACAGUAUGUUAAUGAGAGGGGCGGGAAUGGGGACCAAGCGGUGAGGCUGCUGGAUGGUUCUGUAAUGCAGUUUGUAUGGAGUAAUAAAAUUAUCGACCAGAUUAAGACGAAGCUUCAUAGUGAAAUUGAGGCAGGCAGAACGCAGGUCCAGCAAACUGAUGGCCAAAUCACGCAAACCAUUACAUCUGUCAAAAAUGCAUGUGAGGAAUUUGUAAAAGGGCUUGAUAACAAACUAGCGUCCGAUGGAAUUCAGAAGCUUGCCCAGGAGAUAUACGAUAAAAUUGCCAGUGAGGGUGGACCGAGGAGUUACGGCGGCACCAAUUAUAAAGCUGCAAUCCAUCCCGCCAUACAAGCCGCGUUAAUUUGUCUCUCCGCUACCGCUAGUCAGGUCGGCGAGGAACUUAAAUCUGUCUUCCUGGAAAAUAGGGUGGGCGACAAAUGCAUCGCACAGGAAUUGGAUAAAGUAGUUGAGGAGACAAGGGAGCUUGACAAGAAUCUGGGAGAGGCGGAGAAAGUGGCAAAAAAUGAUCCAAGCUCCGCAUCUCUCAGCCAAGGCCAGAAUAAAAUUUUGGAGAGCGUUCAGGGGAUUGAGGGGGAAGUCAACAAGGGAAUGAAGGACGAUGAUGGUUCUGGCGUAACCGUUGAAAAAGCUAUGACAACAUACAUCGCAAGGAAAGAUACAGCCGCAGCAGGUGGCAACAGCCUGUAUAAAAAGCUAAUUAACGAGGACAUUAAAAAUUCCCUGUCGGACUUCACGAAGAUGCAGGGUUUCAAGGAACAACUCAAAGACGAAAAUGUCGAUCCACAAAAACGUGAAGUCGGCACUCACGUCUCCACAAUCGAAAAAGAACUCCAAGAGAUCGCCGAGCGUGUCGACAGCAGCAAGAGGAAGACGCUGCCCAGCAAGCCAGAUGAAUAUGGCGUCAAGCAGCGGUUGGAGGAUUUGGGGGAUAUGCUUAAGGAGACAGAAUCUGUUAGUCUUAAAGGCAAAGCAGAUGGAAUUCCUAAAGACACUGUCAAAGGUCUUGCAAAAAUCCAUGAAGAGAUUAAGAGUCUGCAUGAAAAGACGUAUGUACCACAAGCCAAUGAAAUUGGCCAAGCCGUCACCCAAAUUAAGGUGGAGCUUCAAGACCUUAGAGGGAAGUUGAAGAAAGAGAACGGUGGUGAACUUGGCGUUAUUGACAAGUUGCAAAACUUUAGAAAUUAUGGCCUUGAAGAUGGUAAUAGUGCGUGGACAUCUGAAGAUAAAAAAGCCAUGGGGCUUAAAAAAAUCCAAAUGCGACUCAAGGAGCAAAAUGCUAUAUUACCCGGACAAACGAAAAUCAUUGAAAACGCUCUCGACAUAGUUGUAAAAGAAAUUAAUUGGCAACUUAGAUUGAUCGGAUUCAGGUUGAAUGAUGAUCGCGUCAAUGAUGACGUCCUUGACAAUUUGCGGCGCUUGGACAGGAAACUUGGCAAAAAUAAGUAUAAAGAUGGGGACAAUCUUAACGACAUUUAUUAUACACUUUAUUGGUUGCAAGAUUGGCCGUUUAAACAGUAUCCUAACACUAUUAAUCAAGCCAAGCAAGAAAUUGUAAAAGAGCUCAAUACCCUUCGAGGUGUGCUGCAAGGCUCCACGCCAGGCGAAGAUGUCAUUACAACGCUGAACGAUUUGCAGACCAGUGGGCUAAAUGGACAGAAGUGGGAUAAAAAUGCAGCUGGAAAAAAUAAAAGCCUCAGUAACAUCGAAAAUGAUCUUAGCACUCAACAAAAUACGUUAGGACAACAACCCGAACAAAUCGGCGGUGGCGUCCAGUCAAUCACCACUGAGCUUGACAAACUUAGAGACACGUUGAACAUUGAAGUCACCGAAAAGCUGGAUGACUUGAAAAACCAUGGCCUUGGCAAUGGACAAACUUGGACAAUUGACAACAACUCUGCAAAAGGCCUCGCUAAAAUCACCGCAGACAUCAUUGCCAUAAAGGACAAGGACGUUGAGGACGUGAAGGACAAACUCAAAAUGCUCUUAAGUGAUAUCAAGCAUGAAGCAAGAAGCUUGGCGUUUGUAUUAAAAGAGGUCAAGGAGAUAAUGCUUGACGAAGAGAUGAAGAAAAUUUACAGUGACCUUUACGAUUUGUACUUCGGCCCGCUGGACAAUGUCAUUCAAUUACUCAAGAAGUUUGAUAAAUACGCCGACGAGGCCGCUAAAAGAAUUAUCGCAGACCUCCACGCUUUCGUCGACAAGGAAAUCAAGGAAGCCGAAGAGAUAUUGAUCAAAGAGGUACGCCGGCAAUGUGUCUCCAACAUCAAGGAGGCGCUGGAGGCGUUCGCCCGGAAGGUGGAGGAAGAAUUAACUCCCUUACCCCCGUUAAUAAACGAGGAUCUCCAGAUAGGGUAUAAGGGGUUCAUGUAUGAUUUCCAGCAACGCUUCGAGUCUCACAUCUCCCCUCUAAAGGGUACGCUGCAACUCGAGGCCCUGUCCACAGGCUUCAAGCGGUUCCACCUGGCGCUCUCGGGAUACAUCAGCACAGAGAUCAGGAGGGUGCACAGCGAGGAGAGUAAAAAGAAGAAUCCGUCACUCCCGCAGUCAGAGGAUCACUACGCCGAGAGGCUUUACGGCGUCACCCACGCGCUCGAGGAGUUGCUGGAGCACAUCGGCAGGGGGAAACGUUUCGACCGAAGAUUACCUGAAAUGCUCGAUAAACUCGCCGAGGCAGUCGGAGCCCUGCGACCGGAGAAAUUCGCCAAAGUCACAACUCCGAUACUCGACGGCGUGGCGGAGGCAGCGGACAAGUUUGAGAAGGAACUGAGAACGGUGUACAUCUCCACAUACGACGGGGCGUUUGAGGGCCGCGUGCUAGUCGACGCGCGGAACAGCAGGGUGACGACGGACGGCGAAAAAUGCGCCUUCGUUCUGCUGACAAUAACCGACACGCUGUUCCGCGAUUUGAACGAGCUCAGAAUGCAUUGCGCAGAUGAGUGGUCAGAUAAAUUAAUAAACCCCUUCACCCCCCUGGGCGCCUUCCUCCAGCAACGCGGCUACCGGGUCACCUCGGCGGGCGUUCCGGACGGCGAGCUGCGGAACGACAGUGACUGCAGCGGCCAGAAGAUUAGAGAGCUCACCGAUAAUAUCAUGGAGCCUCUCGACGAACUCCACGAAUACCUCAAGUGCUACCUGCGUGCCUGCCACCUGCACAUUCCUCCAUCACCCAAAUACCCCGGCACCGUCAGGGACAUUCUCGCGUGGUUCGCAGGGCUUCCUUACUCCGUGCUCUAUGAGCGCGUGCAGGCGCAUUGCAACGUCCUGUUCAGGGGCGAGGGUGAUGCAGUGGUCAAGCAUUGCUUGGGAUCCAUCCCAGGCGCACUCAGCCUUGUCACGCACCGCUGCAGCGCCCUGCUCACCACCAUUUGCGGUAACGGCAGAGGCUUCGACCACGCCGACUACCCCUACGCCUGCAACUUCUGGGACAACUCACGCGGCCUCCACUACCCCUCAGACCUCGCCGAUUUGUUACAUAUGCUGACUCAUUUAUGUAAAUGUUUGCUACUUGCACUCAACUUUUUGCGCGCACGAUGCAAAUAUGAUGCUGCCACGGGCCACGGCUGGCGCGACUGCCAGUACGGCAGAAGCGUCCCCGCCGCCAGCUGGCAAUGUAACAAGCACUUAAUGUGUGAACCAAAUGGCCGACCAACGUGCCGACCAAAUGGCCAACCUAUGUGCCAGUCAACGUGCCAACCAAAAUCCCCGCUACAGGCCCAUUUGAUGGACCAUCUGGCGGGCUUCCUACCGCAUAAGUUGGCCUCCGUCGGUUGUGACUCGCAGUGCGACACGUGUUCUAUCGCAUCCCCCGGCAUGCCCUGUGUCACGCCCAUGGGCUUCUGGGACCUGACAGAGGCGGCGUCUAUUGUCGGCAGUGGUGAGCAAAUAUGCGCCGUGCUCACCGCCCUGUGCAGUGGUGCCGAGUCGCCCCUGCCAACACUAUUACGUUGCCUGUCGUCAAUUGACCCCUCGCCGCCUCAAAGUCUCGGUGACAUGUUUGCGUUCUACUGCAACGUGUUCCGGUGCCGGCAGUCCGCUGAGUACGUUGACAACGUCCACUUCACUGGUCACCUGAGCACUGCGGCAAUCCCCAGCGUCUCUCUGUACCUCUGUCCCACCACCGAGGCGGCGCAGCUGACCGACGCCCUCACCAGAUUAUACUAUUCCGCCGACGACCACAGUGGCGCAUCCCCAACGGACGCUGUCACUAACACCUUACAAGCCACCCACUCGGACCUGUCGAGUCUCACCGUCCGGUCGCGGUGCGCCGACUCACUGACCUGCGCCCCCUACCUCCAACCGCUCUCCUUCCACGCCUACCACACCUUCCCCGAGAAGCACGCGGAGGUAUAUGUGUCGUGGGUCAUCUACACCGCAUGGCGAUUCUGGGAGCUGCUCCAGCAAUUCCUCAACGCCUUUCAAGACAUUGACUGCGCAAGCUCCGGGUGCUCGACGUGUCCCUGCAACCCGGGCCAACAUGGCGUCGACCUCAACUGCAAGUGCAAGGCACUGGUGAGCUGUCACGGCGUCCUGCCGACGUUCCACGCAUACGGAUUUACAUUUGGAAACACGAGAGCCUUGCACGGCAAUAACAGAAAAUAUUGCCGUAAUUUCGCCAAGCAGCUCAGCCAAGUCCUACACUCCGACCACUUCACACAUCUCUUCGACCAGUGUGACCAGUACCUCUAUCGCAUCCGUGCCCCCUUCCUCUUCACCCUGUUCACACUCUGGCUCACUGCCACGUUCUACAUCGCCCACUCACUACUCUACCGCAUCGACGUCCUCCACAUCCGCUCCCACCUCCUCACCACCAGGGCCUCCCACCUCAUCGACGUCAAGGCGCUGCUCGCCGGAAGCCGCAGGAUGCUCUCGCUCUACAAGGACAUCGACUACUUCGACGACGACUUUCACUCAGGGAAGUUGAAGAAAGACGGUGAUAGUGAUAAAACUGCCGUUGUCAACGCUUUGCAAGAUUUGAAAGAGAAGGGGCUUGGUGGCCAUUGGACUAUUGAUAAUGGAGACUGGAAAACUACCAAGGGUCUAGCAAUAAUCCAGGAGCGACUUAAAACUCAGAAUGCUAUAUUACCGGUGCAAACGAAAAGCAUCGAUACGGCUAUAAAGGAAAUCAAAGGUGAGCUUGCAAGGAUCGGCAUCAAGCUGAAUAAUGUCCACACUGAUCAUGAUAUCAUGGAUCACUUGAAACAGUUAGCAAACUAUAUUGGUAAAGGCAAAAGCGCAAAUGGAUAUAGUCUCAACGUGCAGAAAAUUCAUGAUGUUAUUAGUGCCCUGCAAUCCGGUGUGUUUACUCAGAAACCCACAGACAUCGAAAACGCCAACUCAGCAAUUAAAGAUGAACUCACUACCCUUCAAGGUUUGCUGCAAGGGUCUCAACCAGGCGACGACGUCAUCGGGACGCUGAAGGAUCUGAGGGACACUGGACUAAGUGAUAAGCAGUGGAAAAACAAGAAUGGCAUUAAAAACAUCGAAAAUGAUCUCAAAGGUCAACAAACUACGUUGUCCAGUCAACCUGAAAAAAUAGGCGGCGGCGUCCAAGAGAUCACCACGGAGCUUACAAAGCUUCAGAAAGAUUUACAGAACAAUGUCACCGAUAAGCUCAAGAAGCUGAAAGACCAUGGCCUUACUGACGGUAGUACACCGUGGACAAUGAACAAUCAGUCUCUCACAGGCCUCACUAAAAUCACCGCAGACAUCGUUGCCAUAAAGGACAAGGACGUCGAUAACGUCAAGUAUCAUCUCGUCGCCCUUUGCAGUGCAAUAAGACACAACGCAAGAGAUCUCAGAGACAUUUUAAAAGAAGUGAAAGAAAAUUUGGUCGGCGAGUUGACAAAAAUAAAACACAGUAUACGCCAACUGCACAAAAGUCUGGUGGAUGGUCCCAUAAAAGACCUCAGAUCCCUUUUAAGUUUCAUCGUUAACGGCAAAGCGCAACUCAUCAAAUACCUCACACAAUUCGUCAACCAGGAGAUCAAAGAAGCCGAAGAGACAUUGAUCAGGGAGGCACGCCGACAAUAUCUCUCCAACAUCAAGGAGCUUUUGAAGCUGUUCGCCCAAAAGGUGGAAGAGGAAUUAAGUCCCUUGCCUCCGUUAAUAAACGGGGAUCUGCAUAUAGGAUAUAAAGGGUUUAUGAAACAGGUUGAAGGGAAGCCGGAGACUCAAGUUGCAGGUGCACAAGGGGAAUUUGAGAAGUUCGAAGAGUUUGUGAGGACUCUGCCAACUGAGCCGAAGGAGAGAGUGUUCAAAAAAUUGGCUGCAGUGUUCAUGCACUUUUACGGUGAGCUUAAAGCGUACAUCCACAAAGAGAUCAGGAGAGUGCACAGCGAGGAGAGCAAGAAGAAAAACCCUGUGCCCCAAGAACCGGAAACGCUCUACACUGACAAACUUGUAAGAGUCACACUCUCAUUGAAUGCGUUACUUGAAUACAUUAGAACUGAGGAUACCUUCGACCACCGACUCCAAGCCCUGCUCCGCAGCCUCACCGACGCGCUGAGUCACCUCAAGCCGGAGAGCUUCGCCAGGCCCUCAACUCCCCUGCUGGACGGCCUGGUGGAGGGGCUCACAAAGUUCGCCGCCGAGUUCACAUGUGCGUAUGUCUCCGCCUACGCCGGCGCACAGUUCACCGAUGAAGAAGGUGAGAAGUGCGCCAAGGUCUUUCUCACCAUGCUGCCCACACUGUGCGACGCCUUCACCAGGCUGGCGGAGCAGUGCGGCAAAGGCGGCAAGUGGAGGGACUUGAAGAUUAAUUCAAGCAGCCAGCUUGGCAAAUUCCUCCACCGCUGCGGCUACAAGGUCUCCACCUCUCCAACUCUGCAGGACGGCGAGCUGCGCGACGAGUGCAACGGUCGCGACGUGUAUGUCCUGGUCAGCCAGAAGAUUGAGGAGACAGAGAACAACGAACACCUCAAAAAAUGCCUGUCCCUCCAACACGCCUGUAAUCUCUUACAGCUCCUCAAAUGCCUCUGCACGCACCUCACUGAGUACUACAGGACGUGCCACCUCAAACUGCAUCCCUCACCCCGGCCGCCGUGUUCCAUCUACGAGAUGCUCACAUGGUGCUGCGGGCUUACGCACAAUCCCGUGCAUCUGACCGUCACCCAUGAUGCCAUGCCCUCGCUGUUCGGGGCGGACGAGCAGGGCUCUUCGGACUCCGACGUGCCCUUGAUGAACCUCAGCAGCCUGGCGCUGAAGGCCCACCCGCGGAACAUAACACCAGCGUCCCUCACCGACGCACUCACGGAGGUGUGCCACCAGUCGCAUUCAGUGCUCACCACGUUACUAGGCUUCGGCCAUGCCGGAGGCAUCUACGCCUGCGACUUCAACACCAACCCGCAAGGCCUGCUCUACCCCGGCGACGCCGACGCUUUGCUCUGCCUGCUCUUCGACGUCCUCAGACGCCUCCACCACCAGCUCUUCUUCCUCUACCGCCGGUGCCUCUACAACGCCCGGCACGGCGGUUGGCUCGACUGCUGGUACGGCCGGGGAGUCGGAGGAUCGUCAUGGAAGUGCAACAUCAUGCAGUGUGCCAACCAAAUAUGUGACCAACAGUGCAACCAAACACACAACCAAAUAUGUAACCUAAGCUGUGAGCAACAUCCAAAGUGCGGCGUCAAGUCGCCGCUCCAGUCGUUCCUCGAGGACGGCCUGGUGGGCUUCCUCCCUCACCAGCUGUCGCCCAAGGACACCUGUGUCUCAUGCUCCGGAUGUGACACUGAGUCACCCGGCCUGCCGUGCAAGACGCCCAUGGGCCUCUCCAACAUUACCAGGCUGGCCUCUCGUGCCUCCACAGGCCGACGCAUCAUGGACGUCCUCGGCGCCUUCUGCGGCGGCGCAUCGUCGCCCCUCACCAGGCUGUGCGGCUUCCUGACUUGCCUCCUCACUCGCCCGCCACGGACGCCAGACGAGCUGUUCGCCUUUUACUUCAACUUCAUAUCUGAGUGGCGCAGUAGCGGCGAGCACCGUAAGGCGGCCUUCGAGGACGCCGUCGGCGACGCGUGCUUCUGGCAGCGGGGCGUGACACUGGACGUCAGUACAGUCUUCGGCACUAGCAGCCACGGCCCCGAGACGGAAAUGCCUCACCUCACCGGAGAUCUCUUCUCACUCGUCGAGUGCAACGGCAGUCCACGCUCCGCUCCGCCACACCCCUGCGGCCCCUACCUCAAGCCCCUCGGCCACGACGUCCGCGCCACCUUCGCCAAGGCACACGCCCACCUCUACCUAUCCUGGGUGGUGUACCUCACGGAGACGUUCUACGACCUGCUCUGUUCACUGCUCCAAGACUGCGAGCGCAACUGCGCCGACGCCACGUCCACCUGCCACGCCAACAGCUGCGACAACCAAUGCCCAGCCAAGCGUCUUCCCAUGGCCCCGGACUCCGAGCACCUUGAAUCAUGCCUCUCCAUCGCGGACUGCGACUCCAUCACGCCCACACUCUUCCGGUACGGCUUCGCGCUCAGGGACGUCCACAGCCUCGCCGGAUCCACCAGCGGCUACCGAACCAAGCGGACCUGCGAGGAUUUCUGCACAGCACUGCAAAUCGUCCUCAAGCAAAUGAACCCUCUCCACAGGCUGGCGCACGACACCAUCCCCGAGUACCUCUAUCGCAUCCGUGCCCCCUUCCUCUUCACCCUGUUCACACUCUGGCUCACCGCCACGCUCUACAUUCUCCACUCCCUCCUCUACCGCAUGGACGUUAUGCACAUACGAUCCCACCUACUCACCACCAGGGCAUCCCACCUCAUCGACGUCAAGGCGCUGCUCGCCGGCAGCCGCAGGAUGCUCUCACUCUACAAGGACGUCGACUACUUCGACGAUGACUUUCACUCAUGA